UGCCAGCGCCGCCCCGACGGCCUCCCCGCGACGCUGCCGCUGCCACCGGGCUCCCAAGGCCACCAUGAAGAAGGAGGUGUGCUCGGUUGCCUUCUUCAAGGCUGUGUUCGCAGAGUUCCUGGCCACCCUCAUCUUCGUCUUCUUUGGCCUGGGCUCGGCACUCAAGUGGCCCUCGGCGCUGCCCUCCAUUCUGCAGAUCUCCAUCGCCUUUGGCCUGGCCAUCGGUACCCUGGCCCAAGCUCUGGGACCUGUGAGCGGUGGCCACAUCAACCCGGCCAUUACUCUGGCCCUCUUAGUCGGCAACCAGAUCUCACUGCUCCGAGCCAUCUUCUACGUGGCAGCCCAGCUGGUGGGUGCCAUUGCAGGGGCAGCGCUCCUCUACUGGUUGGCACCACUCAAUGCCCGGGGCAACCUGGCGGUCAAUGCGCUCAGCAACAGCACAACACCGGGAAAGGCCACCGUGGUGGAGUUGAUCUUGACCUUUCAGCUGGCCCUCUGCAUCUUCUCCUCCACCGACGCCCGCCGCACCAGCCCGGUGGGCUCCCCGGCUUUGUCCAUUGGGCUGUCCGUCACACUGGGCCAUCUUGUGGGGAUCUACUUCACCGGCUGUUCUAUGAACCCAGCCCGCUCUUUCGGCCCGGCGGUGAUCAUGGACCGGUUCAGCCCCUCUCACUGGGUCUUCUGGGUAGGGCCCAUCGUGGGGGCCAUCCUGGCUGCCAUCCUCUACUUCUACCUGCUCUUCCCGUCCUCCCUGAGCCUCAGUGACCGCGUGGCUGUCGUCAAAGGCACAUAUGAGCCGGAGGAGGACUGGGAAGACCACCGAGAGGAACGGAAGAAGACCAUAGAGCUGACGGCGCACUGACCCGCACCGGGCACAGGCCGGUCCCUCAGCCCCUGAACUGCUGGAGAAGAACAGACCUCAGAGCGUCUUUCCCAACAGUCCUCUUGGUGGGGAGGAGGCGCCGGAGGCCAUGCUGAAGACAGAGAUGAGAGCCGGAGCCCUCAGGGGGACACUCGGGUGGGGGCCAGGGGCUGGAGUCUGAGGGGGGGCGGGCUCUCUUUAGGAACAGGCAGGAUGAAUUCCACAGACCUCAGAGAUUGUGAAUGCAGUGCCAGGCUCACAGGCUGCCCAGGACUACACCAGGAAGGGGGCAGCAGCCUGCUUAUUUCAUCCAGCCCAACCCCUCGAGUGCCAAAGCCAGCCCUCAGGUGGGCAGAGGGGACAUUCCCCAAGCUCCUCAGCACAGGGACAGAUGGUUCGUUGAUCGCCAUCUUAUUUAUUUUUGGCCAAGGAAGGGGGGCUCUGCUGGUAUUUGGGUUGGGCAUUUCCCAAUAAACCAUCGAUCUUCAUA